AUGGAGACCGCUAUUGACCAGGAGCCACACACGCCAUCUAGGCGACAAUUCUUCCAACCUACCAACUCUUCACCUUUAGCCUCAACCUCAUCACCACCCCUACCCAAAACAUCCUACAGACGCGCCCAGUAUAAGGCGACCGCGCCGGGACCGCGGACCCCGACCCCAGGACGACCUCGAGCUACACCAGGCUCAGCUUUCGCUCGCGCGCCUCUUCUGCUUGAAAGUCCCGUAGAUCAGGGCACACAGAAGGCGUUCCUUAGGGAAAGGUUCAAAAAGCGAUGUUUCGAGCGGGCAGCCAGGGCCAGGGAGCGCCGGGUCGAGCAGGAGCGCCGAAGAGCGUCCAGUAACUUCAGCAGCGACGGGGACUACUCGGACCACGACAUGGACGAAGAGGUCGAGGAAGAUCCUGACGAACAGCUGUACGACAGAAUCAUGACCUCCCUUAACUCAAGACAACGGCAUCAAUAUCGACUAUCUUACGCCUACGAAGUAGGGUCCUCCCUUGACCCUGACAUGGAGGACGCCAGCAAAUGGGAGUCUGAACUCCGCGAGCCAGACAUCAUUCAGACAACGCCAGAUGAUCUGGAGGAAGAAGAGCUCCGUGAAUACGCUGCCGAAAUGGCGAAGCUCGGGAGCGAAUAUGAUGACCUGGCCGGCGUGGACAUGGAGGAGGUGUUCAGCCUGAGCGACUUGGACGACGACAUGAAUACAUCCUAGACCUCCCUAAACCAUCAGUUCAAUCGAGCCUCCAUGUCACUCUCGCUGUACCUCAGGGUAAAUGUAUUGCUGCCGAUUUGUAUAUUAUGUAUAUUCACUCAUUAGUGAGAACAUCAGAUGUUUGAC